UGUGUGUGUGUGUGUGUGUGUGUGUGAGAGAGAGUGUGUUUGCGUCACCCAGUCUCAUGGUCACUGUAAGUCUAUCAGUCUGUUACCUUCACCUCUGAGUGGACAAGCAACUGUGCAGGCGAGACACCAUGGCUCUGCUAUUGGAGCACCAGUUCAGACCAUUGCCAGCUGACAGACAAGUGGAAACCAGACCUUUUCUAGAGGCUGCAACCUACCUUCCACCAUUCAUUGACUGUCUUGGCCCGACUAUCUUUGCACCCAUCAAGUCUGACAUAUUAGCGAAUAUUACAAAAGUCAAGGCUGUCUAUGACACUAACCCAGGACGCUUCAGGACCCUCCAACAGAUUUUGGAGGUCGAGAAGGAAAUGUAUGGAACACAAUGGCCCAAAGUUGGAGCUACGUUGGCACUCAUGUGGCUGAAAAGGAGUCUACGCUUUAUCCAAGUGUUCCUUCAAAGCCUGCUGGAUGGUGAAAAGGAUGAAAACAACCCAAAUCUCAUUCGAGUCAAUGUGACCAAAGCAUAUGAAUUGACGUUGAAGCGAUAUCACAGCUGGUGGCUUCAACAGCUUUUCAGGGCAGCUCUGUUUGCUGCCCCGUACAGAUCGGACUUCUUGAAGGCGCUCUCCAAAGGCCGCGAAGUCAAGGAAGAGGAAUGUCUGGAGAAAGUGAAAAAAUUCCUGAUCAACUUCUCUGUUACAGUCGAUGCUAUUUAUGAGAUGUAUAAUAAAAUGAAUGCUGAGAUUGACUACAGAGUUUGAGCGCAAAACAACCCAUUGUCCUUCUCUGCUGUGCUUCGCUUUAGACUUACAUGGCCUUAAACAACUUCGAGUCAUACUAAUGUACUAUCUGUGCACUUUUGUGUCGUAUCUAUGCUAUCACUCGAUUAUCUCAGCGGACAUAAUGGUAAGCACUCAAAGCUAUUGUUAUCCAUGUGACUUGCAAUGCCUGAAUUUAUGUUCUGUUGGCGUUAUUGGUUGUGGGCAUGUUCACUCAGAAUAGAAAAUAAUAUAAAAUGUCUAGCAUAAAAAAUAUACAGGUACUCUCCGUGGAUUCUAAUGUGUUCAGCUAUGUACUUUAGUGUGACCCAUAACCUGCAAAUGGACGUUAUGUAGCAUUUCAAAAUACCUUUACACAUUUUAAUAAAUCCCAAAAGCCUCAAAUAGCCUACAGUAGUUUGAAACUUGGUUGAAUUGUGCAGCCUGCAAAAGCAUGUUAUAGAUUUGCAUGACAUGCGAACUACUAUGGACAAUAAACAUAUG